UACUCGAUUUAAACCUUGAUAAUCCCCUGAUACUUCCUGAUAGUUGUUGCUUUAAUUCUUUUCUUGAAAAGUUAUGGAACGCAACGAAGAGGAUUGGUCGGUGGAAUGUUCGGACGAUGAAAAAUACGAAAUGGAUAGAAAAAACGAAUGGACCCUGAAAUCCGACGAUAUAUUAACACUGAUCGAGGCUCUGGAAACUAACAAUAGAAUUUUAGAGCUCGAAUGGAAGUGUCCUGGUAGGAGGGGUCCGUCUCCAGUUCUCUCAAACAAUCGAAAGCAAGAUAACGGCUCCCAGGAGUACAAGAUCGAAGAGAAGUCAGAUUUCGAUUUCAUGGACGAAAUGUCGUCGCCUAGAUUACCAGUUCGCAGAAUUGGCGAAAGUACUCCAAAAGGAAGCGCGAAAAAGAAAACAGCCAGUUUCAACGGCGUCUUGUCUACUAUGUUGCGACAUCGUAGAUUAGAGCAGCAAGAAAUCAAUUCUAGUCCGAAGAAGACUGAAUCGUCGUCGGUAUCAAAAACACAGUCAAUUUAAAACGGAACGAGAAGAAGAAGAAGAAGAAGAACGUUUGUUUAAGUUGAAUUGGACGCGUGAAGAUUAGAGGCCCACGAUGGGAAUCCAUGAGCACCAUAAACGUAAACACCCCAAACAACGAAGAAACUACUCUGCACUAUGAGGGAGUAAAUAGCAGGCGCGCAGCCUCCGAUCAUCAGCCACUUUGUCGGAAUUCGACCGACGAUCGUGACGAUCGCGUUCGGUGGUGUACCAACCGGUAAUCGAAAGGAAUAAGAACACAUUAUAGUUGCCGGUACCAUCAAGUAUAAAGGAUGUAUCUCCAUCGCAACGCACUGUAAGGGAAUAAGGGAACAAUUUUUUUUAUCUACUUACUACUAUUUAGUUUCGGUCCAGUCGUUUCUUACCAUUUGUGCAACCACCGGCAAUGUAAUGUUCGCGAUGCCAACGUUGCUGGUGAAUUCCGUGAUAGUACCGAUGAACAACGAAACGAGAACUAAGAUGAUUACAGGCGGUAAGUGUUUGAGCGGUACCAAAGCGUCCCCAAUUCUUUUGGCCAAACAGGAAGCUAUGCUGCCUUUGGAUAUCGCGAAUCCUCCGCCUAACAGAAACAUUAAACUCCAAGGCAUCUUUGUCUCGAUCACGUCCCAGGUGAUCAAACCUUCGGAAGCUUUCUGCGGCCUUUUUUCAGCUACAAAGCGAAAUGAACGAACUUAUAGGUAUAAAUUUGAUAAAGAUAACAAGAUAACAAGAUAACAAGAUAAAGGAAUUUCAUAAGUAUACACUUACGAUCUGGGCUGUAACUGUAAAUGAAAGUUGGGUCUUUUGGAAUAAAAAACAUCAGAAUCGAGACGAG